AUGACUUCUCCCGCGAGCACCCUCGUACCGGCCCGCGAGAAGGGGGAGACGGACCGGGACUCCACCACCUCGCCGUCCGUGCUGGGUGAUACCGUCGAGAAGAAGGAAGAGACCGGUACCGCUACCGAUGAAGAAGCGGGCUCAACACAACCUACGGAUGCGACCGAGGCCGUCUACCCCACCGGCAUCCGGCUUACCUUCGUUAUCGUCGCCCUCGUCCUCAGCGUUUUCCUUGUCGCUCUGGAUAUGACCAUUGUCGCAACCGCCAUCCCUAAGAUCACCGACGAGUUCCGCGGCUUGGACCAGGUUGCCUGGUAUGGUUCCGCAUUCUUCAUGUGUGUCGCUGCCUUCCAGUCGACAUGGGGCAAAGCAUACAAGUACUUCCCGCUCAAGACGUCCUUCCUGCUCUCCAUCUUUAUCUUCGAAAUCGGUAGCCUCAUCUGCGCCGUCGCGCCCAACUCGGUUGCCCUCAUUAUUGGCCGCGCCAUCGCCGGCGUCGGCGCCGCCGGCGUCGCCUCCGGCGCCUACACCAUCAUUGGGUUCUCUGCCCCGCCCGACAAGCGACCGACCUUUACUGGCAUCGUCGGGGCCGCGUACGGCAUUGCCUCCGUCAUUGGCCCCCUCAUCGGCGGCGCCUUCACUGACCACGUUAGCUGGCGCUGGUGCUUCUACAUCAAUCUCCCCAUCGGAGGCGUCUCCGUCGCCAUCAUCCUCUUAUAUUUCACCACUCCACCCCAUGCCGUUCCCGUCAAGGCCAGCUUGCGUGAGAAGUUCCUUCAGAUGGAUCUCAUCGGUACCUUUCUUAUCAUGGGCGCCACUAUCUCUUUCCUGCUUGCCCUGCAGUGGGGAGGCCACACCCACCCUUGGAACUCGUCCACCGUCAUCGGCCUCUUUGUCGGCUUCUUCGUCAUUCUCAUCGCCUUCAUCAUUCUCGAGUGGUACCAGGGCGAGCGUUCCAUGAUCGCGCCCCGCCUGAUCAGCGAUCGCACUGUCCUCAUCUCCUCCGUCUAUGCCUUCUUCUUCGGCGGCGCCUACUUCAUCCUGGUGUACUACCUGCCCAUCUACUUUCAGUCCGUCGACAACGCCUCCCCGACGCAGUCAGGUGUUCGUAACCUCCCGUUGAUCCUUGCUGUUACCAUCGCCACCAUCGUGUCUGGUGUCUCCAUCUCCGCGACCGGCAUCUACACUCCGAUUCUUGUCGGUAGCGCCGCCAUUGCCACUGUUGGUGCCGGUCUCCUCUACACCCUCGAUGUCGGCACUGGAAGCGACAAGUGGAUUGGGUACCAAAUCCUCGCUGGCCUAGCGUGGGGUGCUGGUUUCCAGGUCCCCAUCAUCGCCGUCCAGGGCACCGUCAGCGCAGAUGACCUCGCCUCUUCCACUGCCGUCCUCCUAUUCUUCCAAACCGUCGGCGGAGCCUUCUACGUAGCCGCUGCCCAGUCCGGGUUCCUCAUCACUAUCCUCAAGGAAGUCGCCGAAAACCUGCCCAGCGUCGACCCGGCCGUAGUUGCCCUCACCGGUGCUACCCAGAUUCGCACUGCCUUCCCCGCCGAGGUUGUCCCAGGUAUCAUCCGGGCUUACAUGGAGGGUCUCAAAAUCGCCUUCGCUCUGGCCAUCACCGGCGCUGGCGUCGCCUUCCUUGUGUCACUCGGCUCGAGGUGGAACAAGCUGAACACCAAGAACCUGACCGGCGCUGCUUAA